AUGUCGCCGGCUCCGUUGGUCAGUCUCAAUUCGUGCGAGCGCAUCAGGCCCGAGCGGCCCCGCAACGGCAUACAGAGGCUCGUCUGGGUGCCGAGCUCGCAGAUGCACCUGGGCCUCGUCGGCCCGUCCGAGGAGGAGUGCGCCAAUCCGCGCAUGGCUCUCAGGAGAUUGCUGCGUCUGUACGAGGGUCGCCAGUACAGGGAGGCAGCCGGGCUGCUGCUGCGGCUGCCCCAGUACACGCUGCGCUCGGUGCUGCCGGACAUACCGAUCGACCUGCUGAUCGAGACGCUGCCCCACAGCCUCGUGCUGCUGGAGGCGCUCUACGCCCGCAUGCUCGAGCUCGGCAUUCGCGACGCCAAAGUGCUGAGGCUCGAGCAGCUGCUCUGGAAGAUCGUCGGACUGCUCGCCGCCACCAACCAGGAUCCCUUUCAUCUGCGCGCCUGGGCUAGGCUCUUGACCGCCCUCAACAGAGCGGCGCCGAGCGCUCGUAUGGCUUUGAUGUCGCGCAGACGAGCCUUGGAGCGAGCCGUCGAGGGUCUCGGCAAGCACGGCCUCGUCCCGGUCAAGUCGACGACUUCCAACGUCACUCAUUCGACGACGACGAAUCUCGUGCCUCUGCUGGUCGCCCUAAAGGAGGAGCUCGAGCAGCGAGCCGACGCUUACAAGCUUGCUCUGCACAAAAUAGAGAGCCUUGGCAAACACGCGGGACUUCACAAAGGUGACCAAGGCGUCCAAGCGGCCUCGCACCAGCGGCAGCUGUCGCUGAAGUACAGCGAGGUGCAGCAGCGCCUGAUCGACAAUCAGGGCCUGCUCAAUGCGCUCGAGCGUCCGCGCGUCACGGGCCAGCUCGACGCGCUCCUGGCCGAGCUCAAGCGCCGCGUCGAACAGGACAAGGAGGCGCUCCGACAGUGGAGCAGCCUCAGGAAGAUGGAGUCCCAGGGCUUGCUAUGCGGCGGACUGAUCGGCGAGGUCGGCUCCAAGCAGCAGCAGCAACAACAGACUUCGUUGGCCGCGAGGCUGCUCCAGUUCUCCAAGGGCUGCGCCCUCGCGCUCCAACUCAUGAACGCCGAUGGCUCGGCAGCGGGAGUCGACUACAGCGUCGCCGAGUACGACGAGGACUGCGAGGAGGAGGAGGAGGAGGAGUCAAGCAGCGCCGGCUACCACACGGACGAGAGCUGCAGCCCGACCCCGGACGAGCAGCGACGAUCGCUCCAGGCCGUGGCCAGCGAGACGAUCCAGGGCCUGCACUGUCCGGCCGACCAGGCGAUCGAGCGCCUACGCGAGAGGUACGCCGCUCUCUAUUCGCAGGCCAGCCAGCACACCCUCGAGGCCCUGGACCACCUGGAGCCCUUGAAGGAAGCCUCCGAGCUCAAGGUCAAAAUUUUGUACUCCAUCGUCGUGUUGUCGUGGCGGCUUGCAGGCAUCGUCCAGUCGUCGCGCAGAAUCGAGGCACUGCGAGCGCUGAACGGCGAGAACACGGCCAUCCAGGCAUCGGCCCCGUACGAGCUCGAGGACUGCAUCCGCCGACAGCUGGCCACGGUGGGUGCCCAAUCCGGCGCCCGCGAGGUGGCCCAUCAAGUCACUGCCCAGCUCGAGCGUACGCUCUACGAUUUUCCCUGUCUCAGAAACAACGCCGAGAUACGCAAGUACGCCUUGGCUUGCUCGCGGCUGGCCUGGGCUUGCCUCGCCCGAACGACGCCGCUCGUCCUCGACGUCGCUCAGAGCUCCGACUUCCGCAAGGAGUGGCACGCGAGGCACAGAUCGUCCUCCGACCCGCACGGCGCGAGGAUCAAAGCCGUGCUCUGGCCCGGCCUGCGCCAAGGCAACUGUCAAGGACCCUGUCUGCAUCGAGCCGUGGUUCUCACUUGAUCGGGCAAUAAUCGCAUACCGAAUGCUUUGCUGCAUGACAUUUUUUAAAGAAAAAAAGA